UUUAUGAACUAUGAAGAAAGUUAUAGAUUCGAGGAUAAAUACAUUGGUAAAAAAUGGGGUACAAAACAAACAUCGUACCUUCUUUGUCGUUGUUGGGGAUAAAGGCAAAGAUCAGGUAGUAAAUUUACAUUGGUUACUUUCACAAGCUCAAGUUACUGCACGACCUUCAGUUUUGUGGUGUUAUAAGAAAGAGUUAGGGUUUAGUAGUCAUCGUAAGAAAAGGGAGGCAAAGAUAAAAAAAGAAAUUAAACGUGGCAUAAGAGAGCCCAAUACAGAAGAUCCAUUUGAACUAUUUGUUGCCGUAACAAAUAUUCGAUAUACAUAUUAUAAAGAGACACAUAAAAUUUUGGGUAAUACAUAUGGAAUGUGCGUAUUACAGGAUUUUGAGGCAUUGACUCCAAAUUUGUUAGCACGUACUAUUGAGACAGUAGAAGGUGGUGGUAUCAUUAUCAUAUUAUUAAAAACAAUGAAAUCAUUAAAACAAUUAUACACGCUAACAAUGGAUGUGCAUUCACGUUAUAGGACUGAAGCUCACGAUGAUGUGACUGCACGGUUUAAUGAACGUUUCAUUCUCUCACUUGGGUCGUGCGAAAAUUGUUUAGUUGUUGAUGAUGAAUUGAAUGUUUUACCCAUUUCAACUGGUAAAAAUGUUAAGCCAUUAUCAUUAAAGACUGCAGAACAUUCAUCAACAGAACAGCAGGAAUUAAAAGAGUUGAAAGCAUCUUUAGCGGAUACAGAACCCGUUGGUUCUUUAAUUGCACCGGCAAAAACAUUAGAUCAAGCCAAAGUUAUCCUCACUUUUAUUGAAUCUAUAAGUGAAAAGGCUUUGCGAAAUACAGUUUCUCUUACUGCUUCUCGUGGACGUGGUAAAUCUGCCGCACUUGGAAUUGCAAUUGCUUCUGCUGUUGCAUAUGGUUAUUCAAAUAUAUUUGUAACAUCACCCAGUCCUGAAAAUUUGAAGACUUUAUUUGAAUUUAUCUUUAAGGGAUUUGAUGCUUUAAAGUACGAAGAGCAUUUAGAUUAUGAUAUAGUUCAAUCAACAAAUCCCGAUUUUAACAAGGCUAUAGUCAGAGUAAAUAUUUUCAGACAACAUCGGCAGACUAUUCAAUACAUUCAACCACAGGAUGCACAUGUUCUUGGGCAGGCCGAAUUAGUAGUGAUUGACGAAGCAGCAGCCAUUCCUCUUUCUCUUGUAAAAAGUCUAAUUGGUCCAUAUUUGGUAUUUAUGGCUUCAACAAUAAAUGGUUAUGAGGGAACUGGGAGGUCUCUAUCCCUUAAACUUAUUCAACAACUUCGUGAGAAGUCUAAAGGUUUUAUGGGAAAAGAAGGGCGUACAGAUGUUUCGGAUGAGAUUGCUAUUGUUGGUCGCGAUGGAAAAGCUGAAAGAGAAGUAAAUGGGGCAACAGCCGGUGGUCGUGUACUUCGAGAAAUAAAACUAGAAGAGCCGAUUAGAUACGCUUUAAAUGAUCCUGUUGAAAAAUGGCUAAAUAAACUUUUAUGUUUAGACGCAUCCAUCGUUUCUAAAAAUAUUCAAGGCUGUCCACAUCCACAAAAGUGUGAAUUAUAUUAUGUGAAUCGGGAUACUUUAUUUUCUUUUCAUCCUGUAUCAGAAACUUUUCUACAAAGGAUGAUGUCAUUAUAUGUAGCAAGUCAUUAUAAAAAUUCACCCAAUGAUUUACAAUUAAUGUCUGAUGCUCCAGCUCACCAUUUAUUCGUUUUGCUACCACCUAUAAAAGAAGGUGAUAAUUCAUUGCCAGACCCAUUGUGUGUUGUCCAGGUGUGUUUGGAAGGUGAAAUAUCCAAACAAACAGUUUUAAAUAGCUUGAGCAGAGGUCAACAACCAAGUGGAGAUUUGAUUCCUUGGUUAAUUUCACAGCAGUUUCAAGAUGAUGAUUUUGCGAACUUAUCGGGAGCUCGUAUAGUUAGAAUAGCAACACAUCCGGACUACAUAAAGAUGGGAUAUGGAUCUCGAUGUCUAGAAUUACUUACCUCAUUCUAUCAAGGCGAAUUUUCUGCAUUGAAUGAAAAUGAGGAUUAUCAUCAAGAGAAUAUAGUUCGAGUUGAUGAUGCUGAAUUAGAAAAUGCCGAUCUUCGUAAUGAGGAAAUUAAAAUUCGAGACCCUCGUAAAAUGCCUCCUUUACUUUUAAAACUCUCAGAGAAACGUCCAGUAAGAUUACAUUAUUUGGGUGUUUCAUUUGGUUUAACUUCUCCAUUGCACAAAUUUUGGAAACGUGCAGGAUUUAUUCCUCUUUAUAUUCGACAAACUCCUAAUAGUUUAACAGGAGAAAAUACAUGCGUUAUGCUCAAGGCUUUGAAAUCUGAUGAUCUUGUUACUACAUGUGAUCCUGAAUGGUUGGCAGCAUUUUCAAAAGAUUUUCGUAGGAGGUUCUUGAGUUUGUUGUCAUAUAGUUUUCGCAAUUUUCCGAGUGUUUUAUCACUUAGUAUUAUGGAAGCAGUUGAUGCCGGAAAUGAAAGGGCAAAAGAAAUAACACAGCCGUUUAGCAAAUCCGCUCUUGAAUCGUAUUUGUCUGUUUAUGACUUGAAACGACUUGAGUCAUAUUCUAAUAAUAUGUUAGAUUAUCAUGUCAUUAUUGAUUUACUCCCAACCAUAGCAUAUUUAUACUUUAACAGACAAUUGAGAGAUGUAAAAUUAUCCGGAAUUCAAAGUUCGAUAUUGUUGGGUAUAGGAUUACAAAGGAAAAGUGUUGAUGACAUAGAGAAAGAAUUAACAUUGCCCUCAAAUCAAAUCCUUGCUUUAUUCAUUAAAAUAGUUCGUAAAUUUUCUACGUAUUUUCGAUCAUUAGAAACAGAAGCAAUACAAAAAGAAAUUCCAGAUGAAACAACAGUUUUAAAGAAAAAAAAAGGAGUGGAAAAAAUUUCUAAUCAACAAAUUAAUGAUAAUGAAGAAUCAACAAUAUCAAAUCUUAAUGAAAAUGAAGAAACAUCAUGGGAUCCUGUAUCUAAGACAUUAGAUGAAGAUUUAGAUGAAGCUGGUGAAGAAUUUAAAAGUCAAAUGAUUGAGACUCAAAGAGAAUUAAUUAAUUCAUUGGACCUAUCAAAGUGAUUAUUUACUAAAGUGACAUCUUUUAAUUAUUGAAAGAGAUAUUAAUAAAUUCAAUUAUAUGUUAUAUUUAGGUAUGCAAUAAGCGGCACAUCAGAGAACUGGGAAGAAGCACAAUCAAAAAUUGCUUCAGGAAAGCAAAACAUUUCAACGAUCGUUAGUAUAAAAAACUCGGAAUCUACGAAAAAACGUAGAGCGACGGAGACUGCCGCAGAUAUUGUAAAUAAGGAACAUAAAAUGUCAAAAAGAGGAGGAAAAAAAUCAAAAAAAUCAAAGAAAUAAUGAAAUUUAUUAUUAUUAUAUAUUAGUUAAUUUAG